GCAGUGUUUUCAUUCACAAGCUCGAGGUGAGGAAGGCUUCCAACAAUGAAUAACCACAAGACUAGCAGCUACUGACAGGCACUGACCGAGCACUUUCAAGCCCCGUGCUUCCCUUGCCACAUCUGCUCGAAUCCUUUCAACAACCCCGUGUGACCCCACAUCCCUGCCCCCUGGGCCACCUGCAGGACGCCGGCCCCUGCCCCUCAGCAGACGCCGGAGAGAGAUGAGUAGCAACAAAGAGCAGCGCUCAGCAGUGUUCGUGGUUCUCUUCGCCCUCAUCACCAUCCUCAUCCUCUACAGCUCCAACAGUGCCAAUGAUGUCUUCCAUUAUGGCUCCCUGCGGGGCCGCACCCGCAGGCCGGUCAACCUCAAGAAGUGGAGCAUCACUGACGCGUACGUCCCAAUUCUUGGCAACAAGACACUGCCCUCCCGGUGCCGCCAGUGUGUGAUUGUCACCAGCUCUAGCCACCUGCUGGGAACCAAGCUGGGCCCCGAGAUUGAACGAGCCGAGUGCACAAUCCGCAUGAACGACGCGCCCACCACGGGCUACUCAGCCGACGUAGGCAACAAGACCACCUUCCGUGUGGUAGCCCAUUCCAGCGUAUUCCGUGUGCUGCGGAGGCCCCAGGAGUUCGUCAACCGGACCCCUGAAACCGUGUUCAUCUUCUGGGGGCCGCCGAACAAGAUGCAGAAGCCCCAGGGCAGCCUUGUGCGUGUCAUCCAGCGGGCAGGCUUGGUGUUCCCCAACAUGGAGGCCUAUGCCGUCUCUCCCGGCCGCAUGCGCCAAUUUGACGACCUCUUCCGGGGUGAGACGGGCAAGGACAGGGAAAAGUCCCAUUCGUGGUUGAGCACCGGCUGGUUCACCAUGGUGAUUGCAGUAGAGUUGUGUGACCACGUGCACGUCUAUGGCAUGGUCCCCCCCGACUACUGCAGCGGCCCCGCCGCCAGCGCAUGCCCUACCACUACUAUGAGCCCAAGGGGCCAGACGAGUGUGUCACCUACAUCCAGAAUGAGCACAGCCGCAAGGGCAACCACCACCGCUUCAUCACCGAGAAGAGGGUCUUCUCCUCCUGGGCCCAGCUGUAUGGAAUCACCUUCUCCCACCCCUCCUGGGCCUAGGCCACCCUGCCUGUGGACCUCUCACGGGGGUGCGCCAGAGGCCGCUCUCCUCCCAGCCACUCAACCAAGGGCCAUCUCCUGGCCAAUCAAGGCUGGCCGGAGUGUCUUCGGGCCAAUCAGGGCCUUGUAUCCUCCAGCCAGUGUGGGCCUGGGGGUAUCUCUUGACCAAUCAGGGAUUUCAGCUAUGUGGUUAAUCAGGGGUGUUGGAGGUAUUUCUUGUCCAGUCAGGGUCUGAGCAUAGUCAAUCAGGGUAUUUCUGAAGUUAUCUGAGGCUAAGGACAUGUGCUUUCCCACGAGGCCUUGGUUCAGAGCCCCAGGAUGGACCCCCCCCAACAUUCCCUGUUGGCUGGGACAAGGGGGUCCUGUCCGGAGCUGGGAGCUCUGUGCUGCUCCCUCACUUCCCAGAGCCAGAAAGAGAGGUUGCACGGGAGUGGGAGCUGUGUCUGGAGGCCAGGCCAGGGCAUUUGUGGGGUGCUUGGGGGGGGGGCGGUGGCUCCUAGAGGUGGGAGCCAGCAUCCGGGUCUUGGCUCUGCCCUGAUUGGCUUUGGACAAAACCCUUGCCCCCUCUCUGGUCGCCAUCCUGCCUGUGUCAGGUUCUAACGUGGAGUCUGAGGCCCCCUCCUAAUUUCCCCACUGACCUCCUUGGGUCUGUCUUCCCUAAGACUGGACCCCUCCAGCCACCACCCCUUGCUGGGGGGCUCAACUCCCUGGGAGUCUAGAGUCCCCUUCCUCACCUCCUCCUGGAAACUUAGGGUAUUUUUGCGUAAACUCCCACAGGGUUUGGGGGGGAGUCUAAUAGGAAGGGGACAAACCUUCAGCUGUUUUCUUAGUCCCUCCACUCAGCUGCCAUUAGUUUGGCUCUUAAAGAGCCAGGCUCCCUUUUCUGCCAUCCAGCAGUGAGGCUUUCCACCUGUUGGAGUAGCCUUUGGGGCUGAGAAAGGGGAAUCCCAGCCACACUGGGGUUUCAUGCAGUCCCUUUGUCUGCAGCUGCUGGAGUCGUCCAAGGGUCUCCCCUCAGCUGGGCCUGGGAAGGCUCUCAGGGGACCAGGAGCCAUGUCGCCUGGGUUCUGCCCCCUCACUCUACAUCAGGCACUUUUUUGCUGGACCUCAGUGGGGUGGGCUUGCCCCUGCUCUUCCAGAGCCUGGAAGGGAAGACUGGAGGGCGGGCUUCCUGGAGGAGGCUGUGGAGCGGGAGGGGUCAGGUGGAGGAGGAAGAGGCCAGCAGCAAGCCUUUGCACAUUGGGGUGGGGGCUGAGAGCCGGCAACUACCCCACACUUGGUUUUGUAACGAUUUGUACAGGAAUAAAUGCACCUAA